AUGGUGAAAGCCAGAAAGGAAGGAAAAGUCAGCAAGAAGCUGAAACAAAAACCAGACUAUGGACCGGUCAAAAACAGACACACUUUCCGUGGUUCUAAUCACUCCAUGAACCCAGAUCGUAAGGCAGACUCCAAAGAUAAAAGUCAACGAUCAAAGGCUACCAUCAACCGUCUUCGUAUGUACAAAAGCUUUAAGCCAAUUCGUGAUUCGAAAGGAAAAAUCGUGAAAGCAGCUCCAUUCCAAGACACGUUGGCUUCAGGUACACAAGCGAGAAUCGAGCCUAACCGGAAAUGGUUCGGAAACACUAGAAUCAUUGGACAAGAACAGCUUCAAAAGUUCCAAGCCAAUUUGGGAAAGGUGCUGAGUGACCCAUUCCAAGUUGUCAUGAAGCAAACCAAGUUGCCGAUCAGUCUCCUUCAAGAAAAAGCUAAGACGCAGCGCGUGCAUGUUACUGAAACAGAAAGCUUCGAGUAUACUUUCGGAAAGAAAGCAUUGAGAAAGAAGGCAAAGCUGAACGAUGCCACUCUGGAGGAAAUGACGAGAAGCGCAGAAGACAGGGAAGUCAAAUACAAACCGGAACUAGACUUGAGCAGAGAGAAAGAGCUCGGUGAUCGUCCUGAGAAUCAGAAUCCUCUUUUCCGUGCUGGACAGAGUAACAGAGUUUGGGGAGAGCUGUACAAAGUUAUCGACUCUUCGGAUGUUGUCGUUCAAGUUGUCGAUGCUAGAGAUCCUAUGGUGAGUCUACAAAAAUUGUACGAAAACAUAAUAGUGCGUUCAAAAAUGAAUGUCUUUUCUAUGUCAACUAAGACGAAUUCACUAGAGAAAACACAUAACGUUCGUAUGAAAGUUUUUCCGUCUAUUCUUCCACACUUCUUUUUGUCUUGCUUCAACAGCAAGCGAGAGAGGAAAAGGAUGGGGGAAAAACAAAGACGAGAAAACCUUUAUAUUGAUGAAUCUAAAAACUCCUUCUCGAGAAGCCUUUGCGCUAUCUCCGGUACUCGUUGUCGCCACGUUGAGGAGUUCUUAAGAAAGGAGAAACCACACAAGCAUCUUGUUACUGUUAUCAACAAGGUCGACUUGGUACCUACAUGGGUUACAAGAAAAUGGAUUGGAGAACUUUCGAAAGAAAUGCCAACAAUUGCAUUCCAUGCAUCCAUUAACAACUCGUUCGGAAAAGGAGCUGUCAUCAAUCUACUACGCCAAUUCGCCAAACUCCACCCAGACCGCCCUCAAAUCAGUGUUGGUUUCAUUGGAUAUCCAAAUGUCGGAAAGUCAUCUCUUGUCAACACUCUUCGCAAGAAGAAAGUUUGCAAAACAGCUCCGAUUGCUGGAGAGACGAAAGUCUGGCAAUACGUUAUGCUGAUGCGCAGAAUCUAUCUGAUCGAUUCUCCAGGAGUCGUUUAUCCACAAGGAGACACAGAAACCCAGAUCAUUCUGAAAGGAGUUGUUCGUGUGGAGAACGUUAAAGACCCGGAAAAUCACAUCCAAGGAGUUCUCGAUCGAUGCAAACCAGAACAUCUUCGCCGUCAGUAUGGUAUCCCGGAAUUUUCUGGCGUAGAUGAUUUCUUGACCAAAAUCGCAAUCAAACAAGGUCGUCUUUUGAAAGGAGGAGAUCCUGAUAUCGUUGCUAUCGCUAAGGUUGUACUUAAUGAGUUCCAAAGAGGAAAGCUUCCAUAUUUUGUUCCACCCCCGGGAUGUGAGGAAAGAGCCAAGAAGGACUACGAAGAAGCCCCAAUCAAUGAAAAGUGUGCUGAUGACGACGAACAACUGCCGCCAGAUGCACAGCUGGAGUUGGAUGAUGUUGCUAGAAAUGGUGGACCAGAAGACGACGACGCAAUUGAUGACGAAGAGGAGGAGGAAAUGACCGAAAUCGGAUCAACCUGUUCGGGCCUUACUGACCUCUCCGGAAUCAGUGAUUUGGCUGAGGAUCUCGAAGAAGUCGAAGACGUCACUGAAGAACCAACCUCGAGCGAUGCCGCAGACAAAAAGAAGAACGACGUCGCUAGCGUCAGAACUCGUGGCAAGCGAGGAGGAAAAAAAGCUAAUAAAGCAAAGUUGUCUGGAAAGACUAUUGUCCAGGCUGCAUCUGAAAAGAAGGAUAAGAGCGUUGUUGAUUUCGCCAAACCAGGAGCUCAAAAGACAAACAUGUGGAGAAAGAAGUUGGAGAAGAGACGAAAGAUCAAGCAUCAGAAGUAA